CUAGUGGAAGGAGUCAUGUUGGAGGGUCUGAGACUAGUGGAGCUUGGGAGAAGGAAUGAUGCUGUUAAUUGCUCCUCUUUCUAUUGGUGCUCCAGCCGUGUGAGGACAAGGCCAGGUGCUGGUUUCCACUGUGACAGAUCUAUGCUCUUGUUUGUGCCUGAUGCAGUGGGAACUGGCCCAGCCCGUGCAGCCGAUGUACACGCAGCCAUGUAUAACCCAAAUCAAGGAACACCCUACGGGCAACCGGGUUGUCCUCCCCAGCAAGGACCUUAUCCAGGGCAGUACCCUCCUGGCACCAAUCCAGGAUACCCCGGACCUGGCCAGCCUGGAUACCCCGGACCUGGCCAGCAUGGAUACCCCGGACCUGGCCUACCUGGAUACCCCGGACCUGGCCAGCCUGGAUAUCCUGGUGGUUGGCAACCAGGACCACAUGGGCACCAUGAACAUACACAUGGACAUGGUGCCCCCGGGUGCCCUCCUCAGUACCCAACUGGAAACCCCACUGGCUGUAACCCAAAUGAAGGGCAUCAUGGGGAGCACAAAAAGCAUAAGCACCAUGAACAUGGUCACGGGCAUGGACACGGACACCACGGGCAUAAGCAUGGAAAACAUGGAAGCAGCUCCGACUCCGAUUAACCAUCGCCCGGAUCAUUGCACUAAAUACAAACCUAUUAUUCUUCCUGUGACCAUUUUACAUAUAGUCAGCUAUGCCCUAAGAAAAAGAAGAAAACGUCUGUGUGCUGUAUAUAUACUCGCACAACACACACUAUAGUAUAUGCCAAUGUUAAACGGCAGCUGUGUGUGAUUAUUUGUUGUGUUUAUGUCAUGCAGCGUAGUAAAAAUAAAACUCCCAAUAGUU